UCUGCUGCCUGUUUUACUGUACAGCAGAGCUGCAAUUAUUGAUUAGUUGUCAAAUAUCAGAUUAAUCUGCAACAAUCCUUUUAUCAGCAUCCCUGUGGUGUGCAGACUGGCUUAGUGUCACACAUCGGAGUCUUGCUGGGACGCUUCAAAAGGAGCCAUCAUUAAUUGUAGUAGCAACACCUGUGCCUUUUCCUUCCACCAGUCUGUGAAGAAGACACAGAGGGGCCCAGUGGAUAGAUCUUGCCCUGGGGGCCUCUGAACAGGUUAAUCCUGCCCUGCCCCCAUGGUUGUUCACAGUAGGGGGGGAGUCUUUGUUCAGGACGAUGUAGAUCCACAACCAACACAAAAGACAACACACACACAAAAGUUGGGCAUUCAACCAGUGACAUCCCACAAAUAUAAACAACAACUUUGCCUGUCAGUUAACGCAUGCGACACGUCUGUCAAUCAAAUAACCGCAGCCGACGAGCUGACUGUACCUGCCUGCCCUCACCCCCCCCGGGCUCCUGCCCUCCGCUCAGCCAUCCGCCGUUGCCAAGGUUUCCGUGUACGCGCUGCCUGGUGGAGAGAGGGAGAGAGAGCGGAGCCGCGCGACUGUCAUACAGUAUUGCCAGACAUGGCGGCGGACCUACAACCCGACUGGAUUUCUUGUCUCCCUUCUUCCUGGAGUUAUGGGGUUACUCGGGACGGACGCGUCUUCUUUAUCAACGAAGAAGCCAAGAGUACAACCUGGCUGCAUCCAAUAAGUGGCGAGGCGGUAAUAACCGGACACAGGAAAACUCCAGACCUACCCACUGGAUGGGAAGAAGGAUAUACUUUCGAGGGUGCACGGUGCUUUAUCAACCACAAUGAGCGGAAGGUGACCUGCAAGCAUCCUGUCUCAAGCUUACCCUCCCAAGACAACUGCAUCUUUGUCGUCAACGAACAAUCUGCCCCCAAAGUGCCAACGAAUGAUAAAAAGGACCGGCCGCUAAGCACCAUGAGUGAGGCCUCAAACUACACAGGCAGCUCGGACUAUGCUGCAAACCCCAGCAGCAGCCCAGCAGGAAGACCCUCAAGACCUUCCAAAAAAAUUCAUAACUUUGGAAAGAGAUCCAACUCCAUUAGGAGGAAUCCCAGUGCCCCGGUAAUCAAGAGAAACUGGCUUUAUAAACAGGACAGUACAGGGAUGAAGUUGUGGAAGAAGAGGUGGUUUGUGCUGUCUGACCUGUGCCUCUUCUACUACAGAGAUGAAAAAGAGGAGGGGAUUCUUGGCAGCAUCCUCCUACCGAGCUUUCAUAUAUCCAUGCUGUCUGUGGAUGAUCACAUUAACAGAAAAUAUGCCUUCAAGGCGACACAUCCCAACAUGCGGACAUACUAUUUUUGCACUGACACAGCCAAAGAGAUGGAGUCGUGGAUGAAAGUAAUGACAGAAGCUGCACUGGUGCAGGCAGAGCCGGUCAAAAGGUUGGACAGGCUAAAAGUGGAACAGUGUGGACCGCAAGAGAUCAAUCAUGUGGCUAACCACAGGCCGCCCCUCACACAGCCGGAAAUCCAGAACAAUGAACGCAACCGUGAGGUGGACCGUGAGGUGGACCGUGAGCGUGCUGCAGCAGUCCCCUCCGCUAAAGCAGAAGAUGAAAGGAAGCAGCGAGAUGCUGAGCGCUAUGGCUUCCAGAAGGAUGGGACGGAGCGCGAACGCCCGCUCACCAAGAUCAACAGUAUUAAACUGCAGCCAGCUCAGGCAGCGGCUGUCAAGGCUAACAUCGCCUCGCCGCAGACUCCGACAGAAAUGGACGGUGCGCACCGCGGCCCCCAGGUCAAUGGAUCUGGUGAACAGAGUCCAGCUGAUGGUACUGGAGCCCCUCCUCGGCGAAGUCCCACCCAGGAGCCAGACCGCGGCCUGAGCAGGACCAGCUCUAUGCAGCAACUGGAGCAGUGGGUCCGCUCUCAAAGAGGGCGCAGCCAGGAUGAUGACACCAGGAGUGUUACGUCCUACCAGACGCUGCCUAGAAACAUGCCAAGCCAUCGGGUUCCUUAUAUGCCUCAUUAUGGCGAUGGCUACUGCAGUAUGCCCAGGAAUAGCAUGGCACAGCGGGACAGCAUCUGCAGCAUAUCGCCGUCGUUGUACGACCAGGCCCUGGGUCCCUCGCCGUCUGACAAGCGCCGCUCCAUGCGCGACGACACCAUGUGGCAGUUAUUUGAGUGGCAGCAAAGACAGGCCUACACCAGGCAGUCAGGACUCUACAGCAACAUGGCCAGUCCCAAAACCAUGAUCAACCUGUCAGAGCAUGCUGCACCGAGCCACUCCAUCCCCCCCUCGCCCUCCCAUGGCUCCCUGUCCAUGUACGGUGGCUACUCUCCGAUGCGGUCCUACAACAUGCACAGUGCCCGUUCAGAGGUGUCCUCGCCUGUCUAUAGAAGAGACCUGAGCAUUGACAGACGCCUCAGGCCACAAAUCAACAAGUAUGCCUACCCACCUGAUAGGAGGUCGAUGCCAGCAGGGAUCCCGGUCCAGACUAUCAAUGCCCAGUCUCUCCAAGGCAAAACACCUGAGGAACUGACUCUGCUGCUGAUAAAGCUGCGGCGGCAGCAGGCAGAGCUAAACAGUAUCCGGGAUCACACUGUAGCACAGCUUAUGCAACUUAACAUGGAUGGCGACAACCCAAAGAACGACAUUCUCUCGCAUCACCUCCAAAGGAACCUCAUGUAUUUGGACAAUCAGAUGAAGGAAAAUGACCCUUUAAUCGUCAUGACUCACACUUUGAUUGAGAACUCUGCCCCAAGGCCUCAACUUUACCAGCAAUUGAGUCCGGAAGACUACAGGGAACGCGUCUAUACAUGUAUGCCAGAAGAGGUGGACAUUGAUACUAAACUUAGCAGGUUGUGCGAGCAGGAUAAAUUGGUGAGGACACAAGAGGAGAAACUUCAGCAGCUUUACAGAGAGAAGCACACCCUGGAGACAGCACUGCUGUCAGCCAGCCAGGAGAUAGAGAUGGGCUCUGAUAACCCCGCUGCCCUGCAGAGUGUCAUGCAGCAGAGGGACUUACUGCAGAGCGGCCUGCUCAGCACCUGCAGAGAGCUCUCCAGAGUCACAGCAGAGCUGGAGCGGUCGUGGAGGGAGUAUGACAAGCUGGAAGCAGAUGUGACUAUGGCUAAAAACAACCUGCUGGAGCAACUUGAAGCACUUGGAAGCCCUCAGACGGAGCCCCCCAGCCAGCAGCACGUCCACAUCCAGAAAGAACUUUGGAGUAUUCAGGAUGUGAUGGAGGCCCUCAAUAAACAUAAAGCUCAGAGAAAUGCCGUUGAUGGCCCGUAUGGGCCCAUGACCAACUUCAGCAAGCACAGAAAUGAGGAGGAGGACUCGGUACCCCCACGGCCACCCCUACCCGAGUCCUAUGAGCCUGACCCCCCCACUGUGCCCCCUCUGCCCUCUCGUGCCGGUAUUCGCCCUUCAUCCCUCCACAGGCCGGAGGACAGGAAGGCCAAUCAGAGGAACGGCACGCACAGCCAGGGCCCAGACUACAGGCUGUAUAAAAGUGAACCAGAGCUCACAACAGUGACCGAAGUGGAUGAGAGCAAUGGAGAGGACAGAUCUGAACACCCGUCUGAACAUUCUGGGAACAAAGGGAUGUCCUACCCAGUGGGAAUUGUCCCACCCAGGACCAAAUCUCCAGUGCCUGAGUCUUCCUCCAUAGCUUCAUAUGUUACCUUAAGAAAGAGCAAGAAGCCUGACCCCAGGACGCAGGAGCGUCCAAAAAGUGCAGUUGAGCAGCAGCUGUGUGCUGCAGAGAGCGGCCGGCCCAGGAUGAGCGUGGAGGAGCAGCUGGAGAGGAUCCGCCGCCACCAGCAGGGUGCCCUCAGGGAGAAAAAGAAAGGCCUCAGUAUCCGGGGCGGCAGCCAGGAGAACACGCCCUCUCGCAGUCACUCAUUUAAUAAAGAAAACCAUUUCCGCAGUGUACAGUCUCAAUUGAGGCGAAGAGAUGAUGUGAUCAGCAGUGACAUUCAGCAACUGGAGGCUUCGCUCAGGCAGCAGGAGGUUGUGAGGGAGCAGGAGACGCCUGCCGAAGAGAUUGCCCGUCUCAAAGAAGCCUCGCAGGCUGACCACAUAAACAUGGACCGAGAGCUGUCUGUGCCUGACAAAGUGCUGAUUCCUGAGCGUUAUGUGGAGUCAGACCCCGAAGAAGCUCUGAGUCCUGAGCAGGAGGCUGAUAAGCAGAGGAAAGUUGAUCGCAUCAAAGCCCUUAUAGCCAAAAACAGCAUGCAGAAUGUGCUGCCUAGUUUGGCUCUAAGCCCGGAGGAGGACGCUGAAGAGGUGGUUACCGUACAAGAGAAAGAGAAGAUGAUUAAUAUCUCCUACGAGCUGGCAGCAGAAGCCUCCAAACGCAGCAAGCUGGUAGCAGUGAAAAGCCUGUCGCCCUCUUCCCCACCCCUUCCACAGUCUCCUAACACACCCCCUCAACUCACUGAUGGGUCUCACUUCAUGUGUGUGUAGUAGCACCACACAGGCUCUGGCUUCAGUGAAAACCUACACAUGAAGGAAACAGCAGUGGAGGUGUAAAGGCGCCUCAGAAGACUUCCCCAAGGACAUCAGCACAAGGCCACGGCCUACAGAGAGAGAAACUGCCCACUUUGUUCUCUAGGGUCUUGACCUCUGACUUCUGUAUGCUCACUGUGACGUCUUAAGCUUCUAUGCCACCAACAACACUUUUUCCGUGUGACUUUUCUCUGUUAUCGCUCCUCUGUUGGGGUGCCACAACCUCCUCAGUCGGUACUGUUACCAUUUCAGCUCCAUUUUCAGUUUUUACAAGGCUUUUAAGGUUAUUUUUUAAUUAUUUAUAUGGUUUCAUUAUGUUCUUGUUUGAAUAUGGGUCAACGUCUCUCUGUAUAUGAUUAUAUGAGGCUCAUAGACUGAGCUCUGUUGUAAGUAGGAGGGCCUGUGGUAAAAAUCUUUUGGUCCGUGCUAUAUUUUCCAUUCAUGUUUCACCACCUGUCCAAAAGGUUGCAAGAACACAUUAUUUUACUUCAGUUACGUCUUUUUAAAAGUCACUCAGUCCUUUUUUUUCAGGCAUCGGUCAUCAACUAACCAUUCAUAUUUAUCAUAUAUUGUAAAAAAAUAAAUAAAUAAAAAAACAUGCAAAGAUUAGUGUAUUAAACAUGUAGAUCUCUCCAUUAUAAUGAAAGGAGGGGACACUUUAUUGCUGCAGACAAAGAUUCUUUGUAAUCUCUCCUGUUUUCUGGGUUGUAAUUAUGAAUUAAUGGGAUCCUCUGCAGUCCCUGUCGCAUUGUUGCCGACAUAUAUGUGAAUGUUCUGGCUUUAGUCAUUCUAUACUGUCUUUUUUUAUUGCCGAGAGAUAUAUUUAAACUGAGAGAAGGAAACAAAAGAGUUUGGCUCUAUUUUAUGACAUGUUGGUUUGAAGUCAUGUAACUAAAUAAUAAUAAUAAAAAAAAGAUUAGCACAUGUAAAAAGCAAUAAAAAUAAAAAUGUUUGUGGAUCCAGGAUUAUUUUUUGUGUGUGUAUAAAGUGUAAUUAUCAGAGGUUUACUGUGUAUAUAAUGUACAUGGUAGAGCAGGAUGGGAUGAUGUAUCCAAUUUAUGGUUACAGACUAGAUUUGAUUUGCAAAUGUUCAUAUUCCAUCUGUUUUAUAUCAUGUUAAAUAAAUGUUGCUGUUCUUAACAACUGGA